AUGACAUAUACAAGUAUCAGUAUCGACAAGAAUGGGGUGGACGACGACGAUGUCAGCCUGGACAAACCCACAUGGGUCCACGAUCCGGAUCUGCAGCGUCCUUCUACCGCGACGGUUGCACAUCACAGCUGUGAUAAACUCGCCAUGGACGUCGAGUACCGUCCUACGCAUCUCAUUGCAGGCUCCACCUCAAAGCGAGCCAGGAAUUACUCCCACUCCGACCACCAGCGUGACAGCCAGACCUGCGCCCAGGAGCUCGCCAGGUUCAACGAGAGGCUCCUCUGCGAGGCCCGCAGCAGCGAGUCAACAGCCCCGGGGCCAUCGUUUGGGCAGACCCUCCGGCACUGCCAGGACUUCCUCUCCGUCCUCCGGCGCUUUCGCGCAUCCUCCUGCGGCGAUAACUUUGACACCGCCACGGAAUGGCCGUGCUCGCCUACACUUAGCACUGGUGGCUCGUCCGCCUACCAGAACUUCUCACGACUGUCCUCGGCGUCACCCUCGUUCGCUUCCCCCUCCACCCCCCUCGACAUCCCCACCGUUCUAUCAAUCCUCUUCUGCUACACUUACAUCCUCCAAUCCUUCGACGACCUGUUCACCCCCAUCCACGCCGCUGUCACACAGUCCAGCCCUGUCGUUCCCGCCACGCUCGUAGGCCUCCGCCUAGACGGCUUCAACCUCGACAGCCACCCGGCCCUCCAACUCGAAUGCCUCAUCAACAUCAGCUGGAACCGACUCGAAAAGAUCGAGAACACCCUCCUCGGCGGACCAGGCUACACGGGGAUUCUCACCCAGGCUAGACGAGGAGUCCUUGGCGAUAAGCUCUUCGCGGGACUCCUGGACGCGCUGUACGAGCCCAACGACCAGGGGGGUCUCAUGAGGGGAAACGGCAAACGCGAGGUGCGCGCGAAGCGGCUUAUUCGGGAGAUCCAGGCUUCGUUGGAGAGUACUGAUCUGUAA